AUGGCCUCCCAUUUUAUUGUUCUUGGAUUGCUCAUUGCAACAUUUUCAUGUGCCAUAGCAUCUGAUUCAAGCCCUCUUCAAGAUUUCUGCGUUGCUGAUCUAACUGGCCCCGUGCUGGUUAAUGGUUUCGCAUGUAAAGAUCCGAAGCUCGUAGUAGCGGAUGACUUCUACAUGAGUGGGCUCAACGUUCCCGGGAACACCACGAAUCCUAUAGGAUCAAAGGUGACUCCGGCCAAUGUGGCUCAGAUUCCAGGGCUCAACACACUUGGGAUUUCCAUGGCGCGCAUAGACUUCGCCCCAUGGGGAGUUAACCCUCCCCACACUCACCCUCGGGCAACUGAGAUAUUGACAGUGCUCGAGGGAACCUUAGAGGUGGGGUUCGUGACCUCCAACCCUGAUAACCGACUCAUCACAAAAGUACUUCAAAAAGGUGAUGUUUUUGUGUUUCCGAUAAAUCUUGUGCAUUACCAGAGGAACACCGGAAAUGUUAAUGCCGUAGCCAUUGUUGCCCUAAGCAGUCAAAAUCCGGGCGUUAUUACCAUUGCAAAUGCUGUUUUCGGGUCCAAGCCGGACAUUGCCAAUGAUCUUCUUGCAAAGUCCUUCCAAACAGAUACUAAUACCAUUGAUUUAAUACAAUCCAAGUUUUAG